GGAUACAGAGAGAUGGAAGAAGAACUCAAGAACUUCAUCAAGGUCUGGGUUUCUAUAAUCAUCUCUGUAUCCUAUUGUUACUACCUAUCAACCAGAAUCAAACCCGGUGUUUCAAGAUUACUCUCUGUUCUUCCAGUUUGUGUUCUGUUCCUUCUCCUUCCUCUGUUUUUCUCCUCUGUCCACUUCUCUGGAUCCGCAGCGUUUUUCUUCACAUGGCUCGCCAAUUUCAAACUCAUCCUCUUCUCCUUCGACAAAGGUCCUCUUUACCCACUUCCCCAAACUCUCUCCUGGUUCAUCUACUUCACUUGCUUCACCAUCAAGUCUCAACAUAACCCUAAAUCUCAAGAUGAUAUCCCCAAAUGGGUUUUCGUCAUCAAAGUUGUCGUCUUUGGUGUGUUGUUACGUAUGUAUGAUUACAAACAACACUUGUCUCCUACUAUGCUAUUGAUUAUAUAUUCUCUGCAUAUAUAUUUGGAGCUUGAGAUUGGUUUAAUGCUCGUCAAAGCUUUGGUCUUUAUCUCUCUCGGAUGCGAUCUAGAGCCACAGUCCAAUGAACCAUACUUAGCCACUUCUCUUCAAGACUUCUGGGGUCGCCGGUGGAACCUCAUGGUCACUGCGAUCCUCAGGCCAGCUGUUUACGACCCUGUGCAGCGAAUCGCUGAAUGGAAAAUGAGAACCGAUCAUGCUAGGUUUUUGGCGGUUUUGGCGACAUUCUUGGUCUCCGGUGCAGUUCACGAGCUGAUCUUCUUUUAUAUUACCCAUGAGAUGCCUACAGGAGAAGUUAGUUGGUUCUUUGUGUUGCAUGGAGUUUGCACGGCCGCGGAAGUAGCAGUAAAGAAGAGGACGUUUAUGCGGAGAUGGAAGAUGAGUCAUAUGGUUUCACGACCGCUUACGGUAGGGUUUGUAGUUUUGACGACUGGUUGGUUGUUUUUCCCUCCUCUUAUAAGAAGUGGCAUGUUUGAGAAACUCCCUAACGAAGUCUUGUUGUUCAUUGAUUUUGUCAAACCCAAGCUUUUUAAUUUUAGUUCAUGAUUCAUGGAGGAUGGAUAUAUCUGUGUUUUAUUUUUAUAGUUGGAUUAUCAAACUGUAUUACUUUU